CAAGCCGACACCACAAUUGCACCGAAAAGCGAUACGAUUGAUGUAGCUUGUAAGAUUGUUACAUACCAUGUCGCUUGGCAAGAGAGGAACGAGUCCGAAUGUUGCAAUGGGUCUCGUGGUAAUGCUUCAGCUUCUUGCGAUGUUGACCACGGUGGUUGCGGUGAGUCCAACUGGGGAAGCCUGCGAUGUGUGUGAAUGCAACGGAUCCAGAGUCAACUGCAUCGGGAGAGGUCUUACGGAACUACCCAGAGGUAUCCCCAAUGGGACGAAAUUACUUGACCUCGGAGAUAAUUUCUUGCGGAAGAUACCUUACGAUGGCCUGUUGGAACUGAGGCACCUUGUCAACAUAAAUAUAACCAACAACUUGAUCGAAACACCGUUUGAAUUGCCGGAGUCUGUCAUGGUCAUGUAA